AUGAACUUUGUCACCUUCAACCAGGACUAUAGCGCCUUGGGCGUCGCCACCAAAAAGGGCAUCCGCCUCUACGACACCGAACCCUUCUCCAAAUACUUUGAAGGCGAAGAGGGCGAUGUCUCAAUCAUGGAGAUGCUCUUCUCGACCUCGCUGGUCGCCUUGAUACAGUCGCCGCGUCUUCUGCGGAUACGGAAUACCAAGAGACACUCGACGAUAUGCGAGCUCACUUUCCCCACCAGGGUUCUCGCUGUGCGCCUGAAUCGCAAGCGCCUCGUGGUGGUGUUGGAAGACCAGAUUUAUUUAUAUGAUAUCAGCAACAUGAAAAUGCUCUACACAAUCGAGACGUCACCAAACCCGCACGGAAUCGUCGCAUUAUCGCCCUCGUCGGAGCGCAACCACCUAGUCUACCCUCUUCCUAAGAAAGAUGCACCAAAUUUCUCCGCCGCGCCGCACGCGCCGCCCACAGGACCCCAUGUCGCCCCUAGGACAGGAGAAUUGCUCAUAUUUGACGCGACGAAAAUGGAGGCUGUAAAUGUCAUCGAGGCGCAUCAAGGACCUCUAUCAUGCAUUGCCCUCAACAACGAAGGCACAUUACUAGCCACCGCUUCGGAAAAGGGCACCAUCAUCCGCGUAUUUUCGGUCCCGGACGCGCAAAAGCUGUUCCAGUUCAGGAGAGGCUCGAUACCGGCCAAGAUCCUCAGCAUGGCCUUCAACUCGACAUCCACCCUUCUCUGCGUGUCAUCAGCCACGGACACGGUCCACAUCUUCCGGUUGUCACCGCAAGCCGAGUCGCGCGAUAGAAAUGGUGUGUCUCCGUCUCCCUCGCGGCGGCCGUCGUCCGGGUCCAUAGAGCGCGACCUCAGCCCCAGCAGCGAGCAAGACGACAGCACAGAGCUGGAUCGCGAAAACGCGGCCACGACCGCACCUGUCGCGCCGGAGCGCAAACAAAACAACCCGGGCCUGGCGAGCAUGCUGCGGCGGACGUCGCAAAACGUAGGAAUGGGCUUCGCGGCAAAACUAGGCGGAUACCUACCCAGCGCGGUAGCAGAGAUUUGGGAGCCGUCGCGGGACUUUGCGUGGGUGAAGAUACCAAAGCGGCCGAACGAAAGCGGACCGCCGCUGCAUCCGAGUAACGUGGUCGCGAUGAGCAACAACGGGCCGCAGGUCAUGGUGGUGACACACGAUGGCAGCUUCUUCGUCUUCAACAUUGAUCUCGAGAAGGGCGGGGAGGGCACGCUUGUGAAGCAGUACUCGUUAGUGCCGCAUCCGAGUCUGGAGACGCCCGAGAGGAGCUAG